GUCUCUCAUUAGCGUAAAAGCGGUCAAAAAAAGCGGUCCGCCAUCAAUGCUCCAUUAAGACCAAAAGAAAUAGUGCGUUUUGUCGCUAGUUUUAAUUGAGUUAUUUAAACAACAGUUCCUAAUUAAAACCAUUAGGGCUGAAAGUUGAACGUCGCGAUGGCUUCUGACGAAGAAAAUGAGGAAUCUUAUGCAGCUGAGGAGGAUGAUGAACCGAGAGAAGAGGCUGCUGCUGAGCUUUCCAACGAUUCUGACGAAAAUCUCGCUAACAUUGCUGCCAAUGUGAGCAAGGAAGACGACGAUGAUUAUGAACCGGAACACGGCACGAAACGGAAGAAGGGCAAAAAGCGAAAGGCUAAGUCGGACAAGGAGAAGGGUCGUAAAAAGAAGAAGCGGAAGAAGAAUGGAAGUGGUGAAGAAAGCGAUUUCAAGGAACCUGAAGAGGAAGUUGUCGAUUCAGAUUUCGCUACUCCCAGCAGCAAGAAAGGUCGCCGACGGAAGGAGGCUGAAAAGGCUAAGGCAUCGACAUCAGCUGAUUCAAGUAUGCCUACCAUUGAAGAAGUGUGCAGCACUUUUGAAUUAACCGAUGUGGAUAUCGAGUACACGGAAAGCGACUACCAAAAUCUGGUCACCUACAAAAUGUUCCAGCAGCACGUGCGUCCAAUACUUCAGAAGGAAAAUCCGAAAGUUCCAAUGUCUAAAUUGAUGAUGUUGGUCGCCGCGAAAUGGCGAGAAUUUUGCGAGGAGAAUCCGAAUUUGCAAGCAGAGGAAACCCGAGAAGAAGAAGAGGAGGAACAGGCUGUAAGAUCCCGAUCACCACAAUACAUUCCAAAACCCAGCAGAUCGCGUGGUAGAACAUCGGAAAAGGCAGAGGAGUACGACGAGGAAGAAGAAGAGGAGGAGGAGUCGUCGAGGAAAAAGAAGCGUGGACGAGCUAGUAGCAAAAAGUCGAAGAAGCAGAGCAAAGUGCCGACGUUACGGAUUAAAUUUGGUAAACGGAAACACGGUAGUUCUGACGAAGAUCCCGAAGUUAGUGGUGCAUCGGAAAGAGACUCAGAUUUGGAGUUCGAAAAAAUGUUGCAAAAAUCCGACGAAAAGCACGAAGAGGAAGUCAAAGAGAAGGCACGAGUCGAUGACAACCAGGAGCCGGCUGUCAAGAAGAAGGCAAAGACGAAAAUCGGCAUGAAAACGAAGAAGAAGAAGAAGCCGAACAAGAGCAAAUUCCCCGAGAAUGAGGACGGCGAACCGGAACAUCAGGACUAUUGCGAGGUCUGUCAACAAGGCGGUGAAAUCAUAUUGUGUGACACCUGUCCGAAGGCCUACCAUUUGGUGUGUCUGGAUCCAGAAUUGGAGGAAGCUCCAGAAGGCAAAUGGUCGUGUCCAACAUGUGAGGCUGACGGGACAUGCGAUCAAGAAGACGACGAUGAACAUCAAGAAUUCUGUCGUGUUUGCAAAGAUGGUGGAGAGUUGUUGUGCUGUGAUUCGUGCCCAUCAGCCUACCAUACAUUCUGCUUGAAUCCGCCGUUAUCUGAGAUCCCAGAUGGUGAUUGGCGUUGUCCGCGCUGUAGUUGCCCACCGCUAAAAACGAAAGUGCAAAAGAUUUUGACUUGGCGUUGGAAAGAAGUCACCGUUCCGAACGAGGCAUCGACAUCCAAAAAACCGAAAGUCACUCGAUACCGAGAGUUUUUCGUCAAAUGGUUCGACGAAUCUUAUUGGCAUUGCGAUUGGAUCACUGAACUGCAGUUGGAUGUCUAUCAUCCGUUGAUGUUCCGGUGUUACAUGCGCAAAUACGACAUGGAAGAACCACCGAAAUUGGAAGAGGCGCUCGAUGAAGACGACAACCGGUACAAACGUAUUCAACGGCACCGUGACGGAACCGGCGACAAUGAGGAUAAUCAGGACAAAUUGGAAGAGAAGUACUACCGGUACGGAGUGAAACCGGAAUGGUUGAUUGUCCACCGAGUCAUCAAUCAUCGAAGCAUGCGUGAUGGACGAACAUUGUACUUAGUUAAAUGGAGAGAAUUGCCGUACGAUCAGGUGACAUGGGAAGAAGACAUCGACGAGGUUCCGGGCUUACGCAGUGCUAUCGAAUACUACAUGGAUUUGAGAGCUGCGGCCACCGCUGACGUUUCAGUACGUAAAAAGAAGAAGGGACGCAAAAGCAAAGCCCGCGAAUUCGAUGACGAAAAUUCUGCACGUCGUUAUACACCACCGCCGGAUAAGCCGCAAACGGAUUUGAAGAAGAAGUACGAAGUUCAACCGCAGUAUUUAACCGAUACCGGCAUGCAGUUGCAUCCUUAUCAAUUGGAAGGCAUCAACUGGUUGCGAUACUCGUGGGCCAACGGUGUCGACACAAUUCUUGCCGAUGAAAUGGGUCUGGGAAAAACCAUUCAGACAGCGACGUUCCUGUACUCGCUUUUCAAGGAAGGCCACUGCAAAGGACCGUUUUUGAUUGCCGUCCCAUUGUCGACCGUUAUCAACUGGGAGCGAGAAUUUGAACUGUGGGCACCUGACCUAUACUGCAUCACGUACGUGGGCGACAAGGAUUCACGCGCUAUCAUUCGCGAAAAUGAACUUUCUUUCGACGAAAAUGCCGUCCGAGGAAACAAACCGUCGAAACUACGAGGAAAUUCGGUGAAAUUCAACGUUCUCAUCACCAGCUACGAAUUGAUUUCCAUCGAUGCGGCAUGCUUAGGCUCAAUCGACUGGUCGUGUCUCGUUGUCGACGAAGCGCAUCGCUUGAAAAGCAACCAAAGUAAAUUCUUCAAGUAUUUGGCCAGCUACAACAUCAGCUACAAGCUUCUGCUGACCGGCACACCAUUACAGAACAAUUUGGAGGAAUUGUACCAUCUGUUGAACUUCCUCAACCGAAACAAAUUCAACGAUCUGACCGCAUUUCAGAGUGAAUUUGCCGAUGUGUCCAAGGAGGAACAGGUCAAACGUUUACACGAAAUGCUUGGACCGCAUAUGUUGCGUCGAUUGAAAGCUGACGUACUGAAGAGCAUGCCGUCGAAAUCUGAAUUCAUCGUUCGGGUGGAGCUGUCACCGCUACAGAAGAAGUACUACAAAUUCAUUCUGACUAAGAAUUACGACGCACUGAACACAAAAUCGGGCGGAGGUGCUUGCUCACUGUUGAACAUUAUGAUGGAUCUGAAAAAGUGUUGCAAUCAUCCGUACUUGUUCCCGGCUGCGGCUGAAGAAGCACCUCUCGGUCCAGGUGGUGGAUACAAUGUUGAUGGUUUGACAAAAGCUGCUGGCAAAUUGGUUUUACUUUCGAAAAUGCUGAGGCUGCUGAAAGAGCAGGGCCAUCGUGUGUUGAUCUUCUCUCAAAUGACCAAAAUGUUGGAUCUUCUCGAAGAUUUCCUUGACGGUGAGGGAUACAAAUACGAGCGAAUCGAUGGCGGUAUUACCGGCAACGUUCGUCAAGAAGCCAUCGAUCGUUUCAAUGCACCUGGAGCCCCACAGUUUGUGUUUUUACUGUCCACUCGUGCCGGAGGUUUGGGUAUUAAUUUGGCAACAGCUGACACUGUCAUCAUCUACGAUUCGGAUUGGAAUCCACACAACGACAUUCAGGCAUUUUCGCGUGCCCAUCGUAUCGGUCAAGCAAACAAGGUCAUGAUCUAUCGUUUCGUUACCAGAAAUUCGGUGGAGGAGCGUGUUACCCAAGUGGCUAAGCGAAAGAUGAUGUUGACUCAUUUGGUUGUACGCCCUGGAAUGGGUGGUAAGGGAUCGACAUUUUCCAAACAAGAACUGGAUGACAUUCUCAAGUUCGGUACGGAGGAUUUGUUCAAGGAAAAUGAUGAAACCAGCGAAGCCAUUCAUUACGAUGACAAGGCCGUUGCUGAGUUGCUUGAUCGUUCGAACCGAGGUUUGGAGGAGAAAGAAAGCUGGUCUAACGAGUAUCUAUCAUCGUUCAAGGUCGCAUCUUAUGCUACCAAGGAAGAGAAUGAGGAACAAGAGGAAACGGAAAUCAUCAAACAAGAGGCUGAAAACUCUGAUCCAGCUUAUUGGGUGAAACUACUCCGGCACCACUACGAACAACAUCAAGAAGAUAUGGGACGAACGUUAGGCAAAGGAAAGCGUGUUCGUAAACAAGUCAAUUACACUGAUGGAGGCAUUGUUGCCGCUGAGCCACGUGAUGAUUCCAACUGGCAAGAGACCGUGUCCGAUUACAAUUCCGACUACUCUGGAUCGGGCGAAGACAACGAGGACGACGAUUUCGAUGAAAAGAAUGAGAACGGUGACUUGAGUCGACGAAGUAAACGUCGAUUGGAACGUAAGGAGGAUCGUGAUCGUCCUCUUCCACCGUUGCUGGCUCGUGUCGGUGGAAACAUCGAAGUAUUGGGCUUCAAUGCCAGACAGCGCAAGAGUUUCCUCAACGCAAUCAUGCGUUACGGAAUGCCACCACAGGAUGCAUUCAAUUCACAAUGGUUGGUGCGUGAUCUGAGAGGAAAGUCAGAGAGAAAUUUCAAAGCCUACGUGUCGUUGUUCAUGCGACAUUUGUGCGAGCCGGGUGCUGAUAACUCUGAGAAUUUUGCUGAUGGAGUUCCGCGUGAAGGUCUAAGUCGACAACACGUUUUGACGCGAAUCGGUGUAAUGUCUUUGAUCCGAAAGAAAGUUCAAGAAUUCGAACACAUCAACGGCUAUUACAGUAUGCCCGAAUUGAUACGUAAACCUUGCGAGCCGAUUGCGAAAAAGGAUCCGCUAGCUACGCCAACAGGAGACAAAAGUGCUACAACAAGCACCAGUGCAACACCAGCAACGAGUGCUGCUCCUAGUCCGGCUCCACUAGACGUUGAUGCAGACGUCAAAUUGAUUGACGAUGAAAAGGAAAAAGAAAAGGAGAAAUCCGUCGAAGAGAAAGAUGCUGAAAAGUCACCCGAGAAAGAAACCUCAGCGGCAGUAAAAUCUGAGGAUGGAGAUGCAACUGAAGUGAAAAAAGAAGUAAAAGAAACAGCUGAACCAGUUAAGGAAGAAAAACCAGUAGAGGUCACUGAAGCGUCACCUGAAAACACAAAAACUGACGAGACGGAUGAAACUAAACCAACACCAAGUGAGGAAAAACCUACCGAAAAAAUCGAAAUCAAAGACGAACAGUCUGAUGAUGAGCCCAUUGAAAUUAAGGACGAAGUGAAGGAAUCGAAAAAAAUUGAAGAGGACGACGAUGAUGAUGUGGUUCUUGUCAAGGAUGAAAAUGAGGACAAGAAGCGAUUCAUCAAAGAAGAACAACUGGAAGUGCACAAACGUAACUUUAUGUUUAACAUUGCCGAUGGUGGUUUUACCGAAUUGCACACAUUAUGGUUGAAUGAGGAAAAGGCUGCCGUACCUGGUCGUGAAUAUGAAAUAUGGCACAGACGCCAUGACUACUGGUUAUUAGCUGGCAUCGUGACCCACGGCUACGGUCGUUGGCAAGACAUCCAGAACGAUAUUCGUUUUGCUAUCAUCAACGAACCGUUCAAAAUGGAUGUGGGCAAAGGGAACUUCCUCGAAAUUAAGAACAAAUUCUUGGCCAGACGCUUCAAACUUCUGGAACAGGCUCUCGUCAUUGAAGAACAGUUGCGCCGAGCCGCUUACUUGAAUUUGUCACAGGAUCCGAACCAUCCGGCAAUGUCCUUGAACGCUCGUUUCGCCGAAGUCGAAUGCCUUGCUGAAUCUCAUCAGCAUUUGAGCAAGGAAUCGUUGGCCGGCAAUAAGCCAGCCAAUGCUGUGCUACACAAAGUGUUAAAUCAACUGGAAGAGUUACUUUCGGACAUGAAAAGUGAUGUGUCCCGCUUGCCAGCCACUUUGGCACGAAUUCCACCGGUUGCACAACGAUUGCAAAUGUCUGAACGAUCAAUUUUGUCGAGAUUGGCUGCAACAGCUGGAAAUGCUGCUGCUACAGCUCCAAUGAUCCAGUUCCCAGCUGGUUUCCAAGGCAACAAUUUAGCUGGAUUUACUGGCGCCGCAGCAAAUUUCGGAUCAUUCCGGCCACAGUUUUCGGUUCCAGGUCAACCCAAUAACUUUACAUCGUCAACAUCACAGUAAAUUUUUUCAUCCUUCUCGGCACCAAAUCUAUCAUGGACGUUCAAUUGCGACUCAUAUGUUUAGUUCCAUAGUUUAAUUGAAUUUUAUAUAAAAAAAAGAAGAAAUUAAGUGUAACGCGUUAGUGGUAACGCAAGCGGUAGUUGUAAGUCUUUUUUUGUCUUUUAUUUUCUCACAAUUUUCGCAAAAAAUAAAUUUUUCGUUUUUUUUAUUUAAUUUAA